AUUUUGGACCACGCAGCAAUGGACGACAACCGGCUUUUUAUGCUAAAACAUCGGCAUUAUAUACUCUUAGAUAUAGUUAAAAAAUAAGCCUCCAUCGAAGUGUACACCGACACAAACGGAACUACGCUUCUUGAUGAAUGCAAGUAUCCUACUUUAUAGCAACAUACAAAAAAGUGUAUCUUAAUAUCAUCGCUACUGUCACGAUGACCAUUGCUAUCGGCUUCGAAGGGAGCGCUAAUAAACUAGGAGUUGGAAUCAUCAAGGAUGGAGAAGUGCUCUCCAAUCCUAGGCACACAUACAUUACACCACCCGGCCAAGGCUUUCUGCCCAAAGACACAGCUGCGCACCACCGCAAGUGGGUGCUGCAGAUAUGCAAGCAAGCAAUGGAGGAAGCGAACGUCACGCCCAAGGAUAUCGACGUUGUGUGCUAUACGAAGGGCCCUGGUAUGAGUGGUCCGUUAAUCUCGACGGCUGUGGUGGCACGGACGGUGUCACAGCUGUGGCUGAAGCCUCUCAUCGGAGUCAACCACUGCGUAGGCCAUAUCGAGAUGGGCAGGAGGGUGACUGGGGCGAAGAACCCAGUAAUCCUAUACGUGAGUGGAGGCAAUACACAGGUGAUUGCUUAUUCACAGAAGAAGUACCGUAUCUUCGGAGAGACAAUUGACAUUGCCAUUGGAAACUGUCUAGAUCGAUUCGCGCGGGUGCUAAAUAUCUCCAAUGAUCCGGCUCCGGGUUACAACAUCGAGCAGAUGGCCAAAAAAGGCACAAAGUUUAUUGAGUUGCCGUACAUUGUCAAAGGCAUGGAUGUGUCCUUCUCGGGCAUUCUUGCGUUUGUGGAGAAAGCCGCCAAAACUAUGCUGGUUUCGGGAGAGUGCACGCCCGAGGAUCUGUGCUUCUCCUUGCAGGAAACCUUAUUUGCAAUGCUGGUAGAGAUCACCGAACGGGCCAUGGCACAUGUGCAAUCAACUGAAGUCUUGGUCGUCGGAGGUGUCGGGUGCAACGUGCGGUUACAGGAGAUGAUGGGCAUCAUGGCGGGUGAGAGGGGCGGCAUGUGCUUCUCCACAGACGACAGAUACUGCAUUGACAACGGCGCGAUGAUCGCACAGGCAGGCAUGCUACAGUACGAAAGCGGCUACAGGACUAGUAUAGAGGACUCGUGGUGCACUCAGAGGUACCGAACAGACGAGGUCGACAUCCCCUGGGGACCGUAGGCGUAGGAGCAAUAAAAGUAAUGAAUAGGCAUUUGGAAACGGACUGGAAAGUGGGGUUUAGAAUAAAAUUAAUGGAUAGG